AGCAGCGGGCGAGGAAAAAAAGGGUCGCGAGGCAUUCUGCGAGUCACUUCGCUUUGCGUGGCGGAUGCGAGGCAAAAUUGAAGCAGCAAAAUACAAUUACUCUCUUGGAAAAUCAUGGGUCGCUCUCUUCUCCGCGCUAGGCUUCUCCGACCCCUGGUUUCUUCUCUUCUCUGCGAUAGUCUUUUCUGGCCAUAAUCCUUCACCUACAACCCACAGUGAACUGUUACAUGGAAAUGUUGCAAACCAUAUUGGAGCGGCUUGGGCCAAGUGGUUGGCUUCAGUGGUUUUAUGCGACAAGAAGAUUUCAGCUAGGAUGAAGGGGAAGUUCUAUCAGUACCGGUCUAUAGUCAGACCAGCUAUCAUGCACGAUGCGAAGUGCUAGGCAGUUAAGAAAAGAAGAAUAUGUAU